GUUUGCGCUUAUAGCUUUCACAAGCCUGGUCGCUGGAACCAGGCUAAGGACAGACAAGUCUGGGGCCCCGCGUUCUGUUGUUGAGGGACAAGAAUUAAAAGUACCACAUCGCAUCGCCAAGCUAUUUUCCAUAAAGACUGAUCAGAGCCAAGAUCUUGGCUGCAUCAGGUCCAGAUCGGCGCUUUCUUGACAACAUUAACAUCAACACCAAUACUGUCAAAAUGCAGCAGCAAAAGGCUCACGCCGAGAUUGUCGAGGAUACAGGCGAAGGACUUCUCAUGAGGUCCAAGCUUGAUGACUUGAGCGUUUGGCAAAGUGCCCGCAGGUUCAAGCGCGUUGGCUGCAUCGCUAUGCUCGCAGCCUUCUCCGCAUCUCUCGAUGGCUAUCAGAUCAAUCUCAACGGCGGAAUCGUCUCCAACGCAGGAUUCAUACGACAGUUUUCCACCUCUGGCACAACCAUCAUUGCGGGCAAAUACAUCUCGGCUUGGGGUGGUAUCCAGUCAGCAGGCCAGACCAUUGGUCAAGUACUCCUUCAAUAUGUAACCGAACGUCUCGGUCGAAAGGCUGCUAUGAUGAUCAUCUGGAUCGUCCUCACCGCUAGCGUAUUCGCCGAAUCAUUCGCAACACACUGGCAACAUUGGCUUGUGGCAAAGCUCUUCUCGGGCAUGGGUGUUGGCAUGCUGCAAUCCACCAUGCCUCUGUACCUGUCCGAGAUCUCUCCCACUCAGCUCCGAGGUUUCUUCAUCAAUGCCUACACUUUCUGGUUCGUGCUAGGCCAGCUCUUUGCCUCGGUAGCCCUCAACAGGCUCAAAGCCAACGACCCAUACGAUUUCCGAACCCCGAUUUACACUCAGUGGGCGAUGAUUGGCUGCAUUCUUGUCGCCUUUCUUCUCAUUCCUGAGUCCCCUUGGUGGCUAGCAAGCAAGGGCAAGGUUGAACAGGCAUCACAAGUAUUGAACCGAUGCUUCUCCAAUGUCGAAGGCUACGACAUUGAUCAACAAAUCGAAAUUAUGACUUCUACCCUUGCCGUCGAACGCCAGCAAGCUGAGCAAAACUCCGAGUUAGGGCCCUGGGCUGUAUUCAAGGGUCGCAACCUGAUUCGAUUCAUCAUUUCUGGCUGGCCCAAGAUCACACAGCAGUUUGUUGGUUUAGCCGUAUUUAAUACCUACGCAACAUAUUUCUUCCAAUAUGCAGGAAACAAGGAUCCAUUCCUCGUCACUCUCAUCCUCUCAUCUGUUCAACUGAUCUCGAUGAUUGCCACUGCAACACUCACGGAUUCCCUCGGUCGACGCCCUCUAACCGUCUACCCAUAUGCAGUGACCGUUGUGUCAGUCCUGUGUCUGGGCAUCAUUGGCUGUUUUGACUAUACAGCCAAGGCUACCAGUUCGCUACUUAUUUUCUUUGCCUGCCUGGCUACGUUUUCCACCACUGGUGCUUCCGCCAUCGGUUACGCCUAUGCUGCAGAGAUUCCACAACAGCGCCUUAGAGCCCAGACGGCUGGUUGGUCGCUGGCUGUGUCUAAUUGCAUCGCUAUCGUCUUCAGCUUCUGUACUCCAUUAAUGAUCAACGGAUCGGCCAAGUGGGGCGUCAAGACUGGUUUCUUCUUUGCUGGUACGGGUACAGUUGCCGUCACCAUCGCCUGGUUCAUCCUCCCUGAGGUGGCCCGCCGAACCCCCGCUGAGAUUGACGAAAUGUUUGAGAAGAAGGUCAACCUUCGCAAGUUUGACAAGUAUGUCACAGAAGUCCAGGUGCACGCACACGAGCUUCAGGACAGGAAGAAGGUGGUCGAUGAGGUUUGAUUGUACCCACAAUGCAAGCACAAGGAUGUUCUUAGGAUACUUGCUCUUCACUUCUGAUUGACGAGUUCAUAAU